AUGGAGGAUCUCAAUGCUUUAGCCAUUGUCGGAUUAGGGUGUCGUUUUCCCGGCGCAGAUAACUUAGACGAGUUUUGGAAAGUGUUGUGCAAUGGCGAAAAUCACGUGGUGGAUAUCCCCAAAGAUCGUUGGGAUAAUGACCUGUACUAUGAUUCUGAUCGGCUCUCGACCGGGAAGACAUGCAUCAAAAAGGCUGGAGUCAUCAAAAAUUAUGAGUGGUUUGAUAAUGAUAUGUACGGCAUAAAUGAUGAGGAAGCACAGCGCAUGGACCCCCAGCAGAGAUGGGUUCUGGACUGCUGCUAUAUGGCACUUGAAAAUGCUGGGAUUCCGCUUGAAACCGUCCGUGAUAGCAACACAGGCGUAUACAUAGGUAGCAUGAACGAUGGUUUCAAAGACAUCAUGCAAGAUCUUGCAGCCAUAAAUGAGUACUCAGUGACCGGAGUGUCAAGUAGCAUACUCUCAGCCAGGGUUUCGUAUGUCUUUGGUCUUCGAGGUCCCUCUAUGACCAUAGACACUGCCUGUUCCUCGUCACUAGUUGCCAUAAAUGCGGCUUCAAAUGCUUUACAAAACGGAGACUGCGACAUGGUGGUGUGCGGGGGAGUUAGCUGCUUUUUAAAUCCGUAUGCUAAUAUUGCACUUAGCAAGUCAGGAAUGGUGUCCCCGACAGGCCAAUGUAAGGCUUUCACAGCCGAAGCUGACGGAUAUGCCCGCGGAGAGGGGUGUGGAAUUGUAGUGUUAAAACGACUGAAAGACGCUCUGGAGAACAAUGACAAUAUUUGGGGCUUGGUGUCAUCGGUCGUGAAUCAAGACGGUUCCACCGCGCACCCGAUGACCAGUCCUUCAAAAGACCAACAGAUGGCACUUUUCAAAAUGCUAAGAGACAAACAAGGCAUUGACCCCGACGAUAUACAGUAUGUCGAGGCUCAUGGGACCGGCACCCAGGUUGGAGAUAUGACAGAGGCUAAUUCAAUCGGCCAGUUUUUCGAACGAGGUAAGAGACAAUUGCCCAGUAUUACUAUAGGCUCCGUGAAGACGAACAUAGGUCACCUUGAAUCAGCUGCUGGAGUGGCAGGGCUGAUCAAAGUUCUUCUCAUGAUGAAACAUGGUCUUUUUGUGCCCUCCUUACACUUUAAAGAUGGCAAACCCAAUCCAAAAAUACCAUUUGAAGACCUUGGCUUGAAAAUUUCAACAGAAAUGACAUCAUGGAAUUGUCCAAAUGACCAAAGACGAAUGGCAUUUGUUAACUCUUUUGGAUUCGGAGGAACAAAUGCUGCCGCAUUCGUGAAGCAGUUUGAAUUACCAAAAGCUCCAAGCACCCGUAGUGAAUUAACUUUUGUUGCCAAGGACUCUGAUUCAUCCGUAAGCACCCCUCUAAACAAAUUUGAUGCCGAGAUUCGCAAACAGAAUGGAUCUUCCUUAGCCAUUGGAUUGGGUGGUUCUGGUGCCCCUCUUCCCCAUAAGGUGAUUUGCUUCUCUGCUAACUCGGUGAAUUCCCUAAGACGCUCUGCAAAUGAAGUAUUAGAUGAUAUUGCCAUCAAAAGUUUGACGGAUCAAGAUCUUGACAGGCUAAUGUAUACAUCGACAUGCAGGAGGACGCACCAUCCUGUACGGCUUGCAAUGGUCACUACCUCUGUUCAAAACCUUCAAGACAACCUCGCCUCGCGUCUAAAACACCAGUUUCAUGCUGAGAGAAAAAAGGUGCGUGUCAUUUACUUAUUCUCUGGCGUUGCAACAACAUGGAAGGGAAUGUGUCACCAGUUGCUGAUGUUCGACAAUGUCUUCUUGGCAAAAAUGUCAGAGAUUGACAAGAUUCUAACCCCCAAGACAGGUUGGUCUGUCUUAAAUAAAUUAGUUGAACAGAAAGAUGUGUCUGAUCCGGAAGUCGAACCAAUAGUGAUAUUUGCUUGUCAGGUUUGUCUCGUCGCAUUGUGGAGCCACUGGGGCAUUGAACCGCAUGCUGUUGUUGGUCAGUCUGUGGGUGAAGUGGCAGCUUUCUACUGCGCAGGUGUCAUGUCCUUGGAAGAGGCAGCACAUAUAAUUUGUACACGCACAAAAUACGCGUCAAAGGCAGGAAAGGGCCACAUGAUGGUAGUAGAGAAUUUUGCUACUGAUAGACUUAGGUCUCUUUUACAAGAUAGGUUAAAUGGGGAAGUCGAUAUUGCAAUUACCAAUAGUCCCAUGUCAAAUACAGUGUCUGGUAGUCCUGCGUACAUAAAUUCACUGAAACAAAUCCUCAGUGAACCAAAUUAUGCCGAUGUGAAUACCAUCGACUUGCCCGUCCAUAUUGCCUAUCAUUCUCAACACAUGGAAGCUGCUGGUCAGAAUAUUGAGCUUGAACUUAAGGAUAUGACACUGGGGUCCGCUCGCAAAGUCAAGCACAGGACGCAAAAGAUUGCAUUAUACUCAACGGUGACGGGUAGAUGUUUGAAAACAGAAGAUCAUGUCCCUAGUUCAUACUGGAGAGAGAACGUCAGAGAACCUGUUUUGUUGAAUGAGGCCAUUGGAGCUGCGCUUCAGGAGGAGUGCACCAACGUUGUGUUGGAGAUUGGUCCAAGACCAGUUUUUAGACGUUUCAUUGAUCAGUUUGAAAAUGCUAAUGGCGUGGUUGUGCUUCCAUCUAUGAAGAAGGGACUGAGCGCAGAGCCCCUUCUUCUUUCAUUAGCUGAGAUGUACGAAAGAGGGGUGAAUCCAAUGUGGAACAAAAUUGUUUCUAUUCCAGUGGCUCUAGGAGACAAGCCUAGACAUCAUUUUGACCCAAAACCAAAUAUCGUCCACAUGCGUACUGCAAGGGAGCAGCAAUAUGGCAUGCACCAUUCGUCUCAUCCGUACAUGCAAAGAAUGCCAGGUUCCAAGCCAGAAUACGUGGUAACCAUGAAUAAAAGUUCAACCCCUUUUAUUUAUGACCAUGUUAUGGUAGGAGCAGGAAUUGUGGUUCCUGGUGCAUUUUAUGCAGACGUGGCUCUCACUGCAGUAUCCGAGAUUUCAAACAGGCCUUCUGAAUAUUUCUUGGUUCAGAUCAAUUUUGUAGAGCCAUUGUUUGUCAGCAGUGACAGUGAGAUGGAUGUUCAUGUAGUGUUUGAGCUUAAUGAGGCAUGUGAAAUUGGAAAAGAUAUCUAUCAUUUUGCAAUCAAGGACGAUAAGAAAACAUAUGCCGCAGGGGAAAUUGUGAGGGAGGAUGAGGUACAAAAAAGUUCUAUACCAGAUAUCCGUGGCAUUGAAAGCAGAUGCACGAUAAAUGUGCCUGUUGACCAGAUUUACGAUGGGCUACACCACGCUGGGUUUGAUUAUGGACCGACAAUGAAAUUUAUUACUAACUUUUUAGUGAACAAAGAAGAAUGCAUCUCAACACUUGCAAUUCCACAGAGCAUCAUUGAAGAUAUGUACCGCACUUCAAUCCAUCCUUCAGUUCUAGAUUCACUCUUGCAAACUGCAGGGGUUUUCUGCUCAGGCCCAUUGCAUGACCAAGGGCAAGAUACCAAAAUGAUCCCAAUCAGUCUUGGCAGCAUAAGAGUGCUGCAAAAGCCCUCCCCUAUCAUGAAGGCUUACUGUCGAAUUAUGCAUCACAGUUCUGGUAAAGCCCAUUUCAACUGCUUCCUUUUGUCGAUGAAAGGGGAUAUCAUUGCAGAAUUACGGAACUGUGUGAUGAAAUUGAUCGGCAAGAACACACCAGAGAAUUUCCUUGGUCAUCUUACCUGGCACAGGGCAAAGCUAGAUGUGCCUAAGACAAAACACCAAAGUAAAGGGCUGGUUUUGGUGGACAAGAAUAGUGCAGUGCAGUGGAAGGAGGGUGGGAUAGGUUUUCCAGAAUGUAGCGGAGAAAGGGAACUCGGAGAUUGGAUGGAAAGAAACAUUCCAAAUUAUUUGCAAGAUCCAAAUUACAUCAUAUACGCUUGGGGAGCAAGAACAGCCAACGAUGUCAAAAUGGACACAAAGAAAAUGUUUGAGGGAUGUCAUAGAGCAUGCACAGGUUUGCGUCUUCUCAUGAAGAUUCUCAUUGAUAUGCAAAUUACAAUCCCCGUCAUCGUCCUUACAGUUUCAUGCCAAAGCCUGAGUUUUCACGACUUUCAAGGAUCACCUCAUUUUACCCCAUUUGGUGCCCAGCUUUGGGGAAUGGUGAGAUGCUUCUUAAAAGAGGAGACAUAUGAGAAAAUAAGUCUUGUUGAUCUCUAUUCUGGGUCCCCUGAAGAGACAGAAACUCUCAGGUGCUACCUUGAAGAUGCUGAUUCCUUUGUAGCAAACCACCCAGAAAUUGUGAUUAAAGAAGAAAGUGUGUACAAACCAUCUCCAACCAAGGCAUCAACGGAUCUCAACUAUGCCAGAUAUCGAAAAAAUGUGGCUGAAGAAGGAUGUCCUGUGAGACUUGUCUCCAGUGAUCCAAAUGGUUACAGCGAACUGCGAUUCCAGCACCAAGCCAGAUGCAACAAUAAGCUCAUUGACCCAGGUGAUGUUAAAGUAAACGUUCACCAUGCAUUCCUUAAUCAGAUCAAAGGUGCCCCUGCAACCAGCUCAGAAAGUGAUAAUCCUUGUCAUCUUUGGUAUAUGUCCCCGUCAGUUGACCAUGAUGUCAUUUCAUACUCCUUGGUCGGCAAAGUUGCAGAUACUAACGGGAAAUCAGAUCUUUCAAAUGGUGAUGAAGUUUUCAUUUGUUGCCCUUCCCCAAUUGAAUCAGUUGUCCAUGUGCCAAUAGAAUAUGUGAUUUCGUCCAGACUCAUUCCAUGGGAUGUCGUCCCACUAUUCCCUGUUGUUCACCUUGCCAAACAGAUUCUAGUUGGGUGUAUCAACAAUGCAUCACCUAAAAGUCAGCGCCUGAUACUUGUACACAAUGAUGAUACCUUGCCUUUGGUUCAGGUCUUGACAGACAUGGCCCGUGUUGCAAAUUUCGAUUUAGAAAGUCUUUCCAGGCAUGCCAUACCCAAGAAUAAUGCACUCCAGUCAUGUCAGACAGUUCUGGUUAUGACUGAGAUCACCCGGUCCGAAAUUGUCCAGUUAGGGAAAUUAUUCAGCCAAGCACAAUGCCUUCUUGUCUUUGAAGAAUUUAUUCAGGGCAACGAAUUCAUGGCUCUUCGAAGACAUUUUCCAAAUGCCAAAAAGAAGACUUUCUCAAUCCGAGACGAGUUCUCACUGCAUCAGUUAAAAGCAAAGGUACCAACGACGGUGGAGUGGCUGUCUGCUUUCAGUGCAGAACUUUCACUGAAAUCUGAAGUGAAGCAAUUUGUGCCAAUGAAUAAGAUACCAAAUGCACGUUUUGAAUUUGGAAAUAGCACUGUUGAAGAUACAAUCGUGGAUGUCUGCAUGGAAACCCAAGCAAUUUACAGCAUUUCAGUACCACCAUCUGGAGAUGUGUUUGCCUCCAAAAACAGACUGUUUCGUUCUGAUUCUUGCUAUGUGGUAAUUGGCGGUCUGACAGGCCUAGGUCAGCUUAUCACUAAGUGUUUAGCCAAACAUAAAGUUGGUGUCAUUGCUACAAUAUCUCGUUCUGCUCCAACUCCAGAUCAGUUACGUGAGAGACGAGAUCUUGAAAUCAAACACCAAGUUCUGGUUAUUCACGAGCAAGCUGAUGUUUCCAAUUACACUUCAGUUUCCAGUGCUUUUGAAAGACUUGCACAACGCAAAAUCCCAAUUAAAGGCAUUUUUCAUGGCGCUGCUGUUUUGGCCGAUGGUGCCUUUGUAAAUCAAAAUCAAGACACAUUUGAAAGAGCGACAGGUCCCAAAAUAAAGGGUUCCUGGAACUUGCACAAGUUGUCCAUCAACCUUCCUCUCGACUACUUUGUGAUGCAUUCCUCAGUCGCAUCACUGCUGGGAAACCCUGGCCAGACAAACUACGGAGCCGGCAAUGCAUUCAUGGAUAGCCUUGCUCACUACAGAAGACAGCAGCAUCUGCCUGCACAGUCCAUCAACUGGGGUGCACUAAACUUGGGCCUACUAAAUCAGAAUCCAAAUACGGGGCAAAGACUGAAAAAUGAAGGUAUAAAUGCAUUAAAUGAAGAUGACAUAUUGGAAUGUUUCCUCCAUGCACUUUUACGCAAUGAUGCACAGGCCAUGUACGCAGACAUCCCCUUCAAGACCAACAGCAAAAGUUUCCACUCAAAUGAUGACGCCGAUUCAGCAGAGGUCACUCUGAAUAUAGAACAGAUCAGAAAUAUGUCAAGUGAAGACAGAAAACAGUACAUCAAACACUGGGUGAUGCGAACGACGGGGAGAAUUCUGAUGGGCCCCUGUAAGAUUGAUGAAAACCAAUCUUUGAAUGACCUGGGCUUUGACUCUCUUAAUAUGAUGUCAUUUAUCCGCAAAGUAAGGGACCAAUUCCAAGUUUCCCUUAUACCCGCAGUGCUCAUGAGCAGUGAUCAAAAACCAACUACAUUUGCUGACCUCAUAGAACAGUUGAUUGGGGAUGGAGUUCAGCAACAUAGUCCACAUUCUCCUAACAGGUCUAUUCAAAAACCUGCCUUCACACACCGAUGGAAAUACAACAGUCAGGGAACAAAAGAAGAUCUCGCAAACCACUUAAUUGUGAAAAUCAGGUUGCCAGAACAGGGAUACGCUGCUGACAUUGUGCUUUGGCAAAAUAUUACAAAGUUAGUGUCAGAAAAUAAUCCAGUCCUCAGGAUGAGAUACAGAAGAAAUGCUGGGCUAGGAACAGACAAGAUAGAGUUUCUUUCAGAUGAUACUCCGGAGGUGCAGCUCAUAGACGGAACAGAAGAUUCCAUGGAACGAAGUAUAGAGGAGAUUAUGAGACGUCCUUUCAACAGUUCCAACGAAUCGCCUUGGCGUGUUGCCUUCGUAAACACCACACCGCCAAUGGUGUUAUUUGUGUUCCAUCACAUAGCGGUGGAUGUUGAUUCUAUGAGGAUAAUGCUGCAGGAUAAUAUCCUUCCUUAUCUGCGUAGCGUCCAUGCAGGCAAUCCUUUGACAACACAUUUCGGUAAAGUCAGCGCAAUACCCAGCUUAGCUGAUGCCAUAGAUCGCCAUCUGACAGAAGAAGAAAAGACAAGAUUAAAAGUAUUUUGGGAAAACAAUCUGCCGGAAGAAGUUCCUCUUGUGCGAGUCUCAAAAAAAGUGUUACCACAAUGCACUUUUGGAAAGUCUGUUACUGUAACGGGGCAGAUAGACGACGAUAUGAUGAUACAUUUGUUAAGAUGGCGUGGCAGCGAGGAAUUCACACUUUUUCAGUUCAUAUGUAGCGUUUAUCAACUUUUGCUUCAUGCUGCAUCAAACAUUGAGCGAUUUGUCAUAUCAGGAAGUGUCGACAUGCGUGUUGCACUGGGAUUGGAAGGGGUGAUGACGAAUUGCGUGAACAUUCUCCCUAUUCCUGUUCGCUUUGACAACCACUCUCAAACAUUUCGAGAGUUCCUGAGAGUCAACAAGAGCACAAUUCAGAAAUGCUGUGUUGAAAAUGCUCUCUGUCCUCCGGACUUAAUUUAUGAUACAAUGCCACAGGAACAAGUUGCGAACAUUGGAAAGCACCUCAUUAACUACCACAAUGCCGUGGUUGAGGAAGACAAUGCCCUAUUUGGAGGAGCCGUCAUAGAACAUUAUUUGUUAGAUUUCUACAGGGAAACCAGACUUGAAGUCAUCGAGUCCGAUCAUCCGAAGCGCAUUGAACUUAAAUUCCAGGGUUCUUGCGAUCUGCUGGAUGAUGAGACAAUCCACGUCCUCAUGAGUCGACUCAUGGCACUUGUGGGAGCUACAAUUAGAAACCCCGAUCAUACUAUAGAGACCCUAAUAGAGAAAGCGACAGCAUAA